AAAGAGUGACGACUUUUCCACUCUCUUCACACCAUAAAUUGUCUUGGUCUCUCUUUCUUCUUCUGCUAAACAAAAACAAAGCAAUAGAAAAAACACAGAAGCAGAGAAAAAGAGGUAGCCAUGUUCUUGAAGCUUUUCACCAUCUUCUUCUUCAGCCUCCUCUUUCAAUCUCAUAGUCUCAAUUUUGCUUACAACAAUGGCUUUAAUCCACCGACUGACAUAUCCAUCCAAGGAAUCACCACCGUCACACCAAACGGUCUCUUGAAACUAACCAACACGACCGUUCAGAAAACCGGUCACGCCUUCUACACUAAACCAAUCCGGUUUAAAGAUUCUCCAAACGGCACCGUUUCAUCCUUCUCGACAACUUUCGUCUUCGCUAUUCACUCUCAGAUCGCGAUUCUCAGCGGCCAUGGUAUCGCUUUUGUCGUCGCUCCUAACUCAAGCCUCCCUUACGCAACGCCAAGCCAAUACUUGGGUCUUUUCAACAUCUCAAACAACGGUAAUGACACAAAUCAUGUCUUUGCUGUUGAAUUGGAUACGAUCUUGAGUACAGAGUUCAAUGAUACAAACGAUAAUCAUGUCGGAAUCGAUAUCAAUAGUUUGAAGUCUGUGCAAAGUUUUCGGGCUGGGUACUGGGACGAGAAAAACCAAUUCAAGAAUCUGACUUUGAUCAGUCGUAAGCCGAUGCAGGUCUGGGUCGAUUACGACGCUCCUACAACUAAAAUCGAUGUGACGAUGGCUCCGUUUAACGAGGAUAAACCUAAAAGACCGCUUGUUUCGGCUGUCAGAGAUCUUUCUUCAGUUUUUCUCCAAGAUAUGUAUGUGGGUUUUUCCUCUGCGACAGGCUCUGUUCUGUCGGAACAUUAUGUUCUCGGGUGGAGUUUCGGGUUGAACGAAAAGGCUCCACCUUUGGCUUUAUCGAGACUCCCGAAGCUUCCUAGGUUCGAGCCUAAGAGAAUCUCUGAGUUCUACAAGAUCGGGAUGCCGUUGAUUUCUCUGUUUUUGAUUUUCUCGUUUAUCUUCCUCGUUUGUUACAUUGUGAGGAGGAGGAGGAAAUUCGCGGAGGAGCUUGAAGAUUGGGAAAAAGAGUUUGGGAAGAAUCGAUUCAGGUUCAAGGAUUUGUACUACGCGACCAAAGGGUUCAAGGAGAAGGGACUUCUUGGAACUGGUGGGUUCGGGAGUGUUUACAAAGGUGUGAUGCCCGGUACGAAGUUGGAGAUAGCUGUUAAAAGAGUCUCGCACGAGUCUCGACAAGGGAUGAAAGAGUUUGUGGCGGAGAUCGUGAGUAUUGGUCGAAUGAGUCAUCGGAAUUUAGUCCCUCUUUUGGGUUAUUGCCGCCGGAGAGGUGAGCUUCUUCUGGUGUAUGAUUACAUGCCUAAUGGAAGCUUAGACAAGUACUUGUACAACACUCCUGAGGUUACACUCAAUUGGAAACAGAGGAUUAAGGUUAUUCUCGGUGUUGCCUCUGGCUUGUUCUACCUUCACGAGGAAUGGGAACAAGUUGUGAUUCACCGGGAUGUCAAAGCCAGCAACGUCUUGUUAGAUGGAGAGCUCAACGGGAGACUCGGGGAUUUCGGUUUGGCUCGUUUGUAUGAUCACGGGUCGGAUCCUCAGACCACGCACGUUGUUGGAACAUUGGGAUACUUAGCUCCAGAACACACUCGGACAGGACGUGCCACGACUGCUACUGAUGUUUUUGCUUUUGGGGCGUUCUUACUCGAAGUCUCCUGCGGUAGACGUCCUAUCGAGAUCCAGCAUGAGACCGAUGAGACGUUCUUGCUCGUGGAUUGGGUUUUCGGGUUAUGGAACAAGGGGAACAUCUUGGCUGCUAAAGAUCCGAAUAUGGGUUCCGAAUGUGAUGAAAAGGAGGUCGAAAUGGUUUUGAAGCUAGGUCUCUUGUGCUCUCACUCCGACCCACGGGCUAGACCAAGUAUGAGACAAGUGCUACAUUAUCUAAGAGGAGAUGCAAAGUUACCAGAAUUGUCUCCGUUGGACUUGUCUGGGAGUGGGAUGAUGUUUGGGGUUCAUGACGGAUUUAGUGAAUUAGGGAUGUCGUAUUCCUCCUCCGUAUUCAAAGGGUUUACCGGUGGAUCUUCCAUAGCUGAUUCUCUACUUUCUGGUGGGAGAUGAAUAGAAUGUUUUGAAGUUAUAUAUACUAUAUGUAAUCUACUGCGAUAGUGAUGUUUUGAAUAUUUGAACUUUUUUUGUGUUUUGCAUUUCAUAUGUAGAGACUAUUUGGACGACAAUUAAGACUAUGUAUAUAUAUACUUCAGGAUAUGUUGAAAUUACUUUCUAAA